AUAUGUCAAUACAUCAAAGACAUUCUCCCGGAGGACAACUCAAUGUUGAAUGACUUUUAUGAAACUAAAAAGAUGAUUGAAGGUCGAGAAUGAUAGGUCUGUCCCGGAAAUAAUCAGUGAUGUGGCCAAUAUACUUUGUAAACGGCUACUGCUUCCACACAGUAAAACAUGGUUCAAAGCGUGCGAUGUAUAAUAGUGGGGUAUCUAUUAAAGGCGCAUAUGGCGAUUACUUUGGGGUAUUAGAGGAGAUUCUUGAAAUUGAGUAUCCAGCUUUGCCACUUAAACGUUGUGUCUUGUUUAAAUGUCGAUGGUUCGAUCCGAGGUUGAAUCGUGGGACCCGAGUACACAAGAAGUAUGGUUUACUUGAGGUGCUUAAAAAGGGAGAGUUUAACCGAUAUGAGCCUUUCAUCUUUGGGGCACAAGCAAACCAGGUUGUGUGUGUGGAAUACCCUUGCACGCAAAAGACUAAGAGUGAUUGGAUUGCAGUGUGCCAAGUUCACCCUAGAGGUAAUUGGAUUGACAUAGAAAAUACACUAGAAUCAGUAGACAAGGAGCAACAGGAACCUUUUCAAGCAAAUGGGACCGAGAGAACCACAAUCAUGGAAGUGACACAAGACGAUGAGAUCAUUACGCUAUCACAUGAGGGAGAUGCUAAUUUUACCGACGAUGAUAGUGAUGCAGAAGAAGAAGAUGAAGAACCAAUUUUAAGCUCCGAUGACUCCAUAGAAGAAGAACAAGACUCAACAGAGAGCGAGGUCGGGGAGAGUACUGAGGAUCAGGAGGACGGAGGUGGCGAUGACCACGACUUCGAGGACCACGUUGACGAUGGACACAGUGGUGGGGCUCGAGAUGGCGAGGGUCCCGGUCAUCAGCGUCAGUUCGUGUAUGUCAAUUCGGAUGACGAGGUUACAAACACUAGCGCUGGUGCUGGUCUCAUCACACCGGCAUUCUACGAGAGGACGGACACAACUGGCAUGUCGUGGGGCAAAGUCUCAGCGACGACAAAGGAGUUCUACUAUCGAGAGUUCAAGAAAAAUGCUAGAGUGGAUCCGUCAAUCGAUGAGGGCAGGCUGAGGAAAGCUUUUCUCAAGAAAGCGGCUGAACGGUAUGCAAAUUUUACGUACAAUCAAAGGAACCCAGGUCGAUUGAAGAAGAAGAAGAAGAUGGACCCGAGGCCAUUUGAGCAGUUGAAGAAGGCUAAGAAAAAAGGGGGGCAUGUGUCGGUGGAUGAGGUUAUCAUCCACACAAAGACAAAGAAGCACGACGGCAAGACUUGGGUUGAUCCUGAACAUGCUGAGCUACAGGCUCAAUUCUUCGAACUGCGCGAGGAGGCUACACAGAAUGUGCUGCAAGUCACCGACGAAGAAAUAUGGUACUCGCUAGUUGAGGGCCAUAACGCGGAGAACCGCGUUCCUUGAGUUGGUGACUAGCUACGAGCGGGAAAUGAGGAAGAUGAAUCCGUCCUCCAAACCUCGAUGUUCCAGCACGAGUAGUAGAAGCACAGCGGAGAUAUCAGCACUCAAAGAGCAAAACCAAAGGUUGCAGGAACGAAUUGAUAGUCUAACCUCGAACUUGUCACAGACGAUUCAAGAGGAGAUAACGAAGCUAUAUGGUGGUAACCUUCCUCGACGAGGUGAUGAUGAUGAAACAGGAGGGGCAGGGCAGCCCGGGAUUUGUUGAGACAUUAAGGACCUUAGCUUCCUCCAUUUUAAACACUUGACACUAACAUUUUAAUAUUUGUUGUUAGAACAUAAUGAAUUAUGCUACAUUCG